AAGCCUCUCUCUCUCUCUCUCUCUCUCUCUCUCUGAAAUCGUCAGUCUUUGUGGCUCUCUUUCUAUCUCCCUCUCUCUCCUCUGUAUCUACACAUCGAUUAUAUAUCUCUAUAUCGCACUUCGUUUCGGAUCCUUUUCGACCUGAUCCAAUUAUCUGCUGUGAAGGCGACUUUUAUCCCCGCGGUGGUAAUUGCCCAGGUAACCAUGAGUGAUGAAGGAGAUAAAACCUGCCCCCUCUGUGCCGAGGAGAUGGAUUUGACUGAUCAGCAGUUGAAGCCUUGCAAGUGCGGUUAUGAGAUCUGUGUUUGGUGUUGGCAUCACAUAAUGGAUAUGGCUGAGAAAGAUGAGACAGAAGGGCGCUGUCCAGCAUGUCGUACUCCUUAUAACAAAGAGAAGAUUGUUGGAACAGCUGCAAGUUGCGGAAGGCUGGUUUCAGAGUCGAAUGUGGAGAAGAAGAAAUCGCAUAAGGUUAAGAGCAAAACCUCAGAAGGAAGGAAACAACUAGCUAGUGUGCGAGUUAUCCAGAAGAAUCUAGUAUAUGUUGUAGGCUUGCCACUUACUUCUGCAGAUGAGGAUCUUCUUCAGCGCAAAGAGUAUUUUGGUCAGUAUGGAAAAGUGCUUAAGGUUUCGAUAUCUCGGACAUCCACUGGUGCCAUACAACAUUCUGCAAAUAGUACAUGCAGUGUAUAUAUAACAUAUUCAAGGGAAGACGAAGCUGUUCGAUGUAUCCAGUCAGUGCAUGGGUUUGUUUUAGAAGGGAGAUCUUUGAGGGCAUGCUUUGGGACUACUAAAUACUGUCAUGCAUGGUUGAGAAACAUGCCAUGCAGCAAUCCUGACUGUCUAUAUUUGCAUGAGAUUGGCUCACAAGAAGACAGUUUUACUAAAGAUGAAAUAAUAUCUGCUUAUUCAAGCUGCAGAGUUCAGCGGAUUACUGGUUCCUCAAAUAGUACACAGAGGCGGUCAGGAAAUGUGUUGCCACCCCCGGCAGAUGAAUACUGCAAUAAUGCUGUUUCCUCAGGGAGGCCUAUUCCUAAACCUAAUGUAAAUACAAAUCAGAAUCCCGCAGUCAAUGCUAGAGUUUCGCCGCCAAAUAGUAGCUCUGGUAGAUCUGCUGCGCUUCCUGCUGGAGCCUCAUGGGGAACUCGUGCUUCCAAUAAUCAAUCAUCGCUUGGAAGUGUACAACAAUAUUCCAACGGGCCACAUAAACAGAAAUUAGAUUUGUCCAGUGGACAGGUGUCAUGCUCUACCGUGGCUGAAAGUCCAAUGCAAAGUUCUUCAUUGUCCAACGAUACUGGAAAGACAAUGUUUCCAAAUGAGGAAAGCCCCAUCUCUCUUGUUAAAAGAAAAUUUGAAAUUUCACAGCCACCAGAUGAGUUACCUAUAGACAAGAAGCUUGCUGAGGUGGAAAGUUCUGCCACCGUUCAUUCUUCUGAUCUGUCCAUUAGUACACCACUGCAUUCCUCUGCUUCCACCAACGUGCCACCUAAUGGUGAAAGUAUUGUUGAGUCUUCUGUAACAUCUAGUGGAUGUGCUACUGACAAUGAUUCUAUUGAUGCACCAGCUAGAAAUGUGGAGAAAAUAUGCUCUGACAUUUUAUCAAUGGGUAUAUCUGAACAAAAGAUUAUAGAGAACAGUGAUACUAAGCAUGUUGGGGAACCAGUGUCUUCUGGAAUGGCUCCGCAUACAGGUGAGGAGAUUAGGCUGACUUAUGCACAGUCUGAUGGUAGAUUAGAAAUGCCGACUCAAGAAACCCAAAAAGAUCUGCAUGAAACAGAAAAUGAUAUUUGGGCUUUUGAUAAACAACGGCUCAAGGAUCCAGAGAUUGCCUCUUUUAUAAAGCCAAAUUUUUCUCAUACCUCUCCUAUGUCAAAGUAUCCUCAUACCUCUUUGUCGCAGUUUAGUAGUGUUGGCAGUUCAGUCGGCACUAGUCUGGACAGACAGGUUGUUGAUAGAAAUAAUAAUUUGAUAGUUUCAGCUUCUACUUUUCCAAGUGGACAUACUACACCAUUAGUCAAUGGUCCCGAGGUUAAAGACAUUGACCAUUCGAAGUUGUCUAAGGAGAGGCUAUCCCUAAGGAGAUAUGAAGGAGAGCCAGCCAGUGGUGCUUUUGACAUUGGUGAGAGCAGCAUAAUAUCAAAUAUUUUGUCUUUAGACUUUGAUCCAUGGGAUGAGACAGUAAAUUCACCUCAGAACCUGGCUACAUUGAUUGGUAAACCCGAAAAGCUCUAUGGUGGUUUUGGAGCAUCGGGUUCACUGAAAAUUCAAAAUAGCAAUCAAUCAAGAUUUUCAUUUGCUAGAGAAGAGGAGCCCAAAAACCAAAUCCCUGAUCAUGGACAAUCUAUGGAUUACUUUGAAAGGGGCUUGAUACAGCACUCUUUGGGCAAUGAUCUCUCCAGCGAAAAUGGCUUACAACUUGAGAAGUUUGUCAAUCGCAAUGGUUUUCCUUUUAUAAAUGCACCGGAUUCAGGUCUUUAUCCAGGAAGUCAUUCUGACGGCUCCUCUAAUCGGUUUUCUGCAGUUUCGAGAUCCCAUAUAUCUGCUCCUCCAGGAUUUUCAGCCCCUAGUAGGCCACCCCCUCCAGGGUUUGCUUCUCAUGAUAGGAUAGACCAAAAUUUGGGGACAGCUUCUGGAAAUCACAUGCUUGAUGUUUCAUCUUUGUUGAGCAAUCAUUACCAGGCACCGUCACUAGCUGGCAACAAUACCAUUACUAACGGGGAUAUUGAGUUUAUGGAUCCUGCUAUAUUAGCUGUUGGCAAAGGGAUGCUUCCUGGUAGCUUCAACAGCCCAAGUGUUGAUGUACAUUCAAGCCUUUCUUCUCAAUUAAAUACAUACGAAGAAGCAAGAUUCCGAUCUUUUUUGAGAUCACUUCCUCCCCAUCAAAGUCAAAGAUUUCCUGAUGUGGGCGAUGGUUAUUCAUCACUUGGUGAUGCUUAUGGAAUUCACUCUAGAUUUUUGGAGCAAAAGAUGAUGAAUAAUGCUUCUCCGAUUUCUCAGUUCACCUUUACUCAGUCCAGGAAUGGACUAACUUCUCAUGGGCAAUUGGAUGGAUGGGGAGAGAUCCAGGGUGGAAAUCACAUUGGUAUGGCAGAACUACUCAGAACUGAAAGAUUGGGAUUAAACAAGUUUUAUGGUGGCUACGAAGAUUCAAAGAUCCGUACUCCCAGUUCAGGCAACCUGUACAAUGGGACUUAUGGGAUUUAACUUGAAGAGUCCCUUUGGAAUGGCUGGUUUGUGAUGCUGUUGUAUGGACUUUAGAGAAUGGCAUGGGGAAGUGAUCACAAAAACAAAAUACUCUGAUUUGUUGACGAGGUGGGAGUGAGCCAUGAUUAGUCUUGACAGGUCUACUUGCUGGUUGGUGAAGGACCAAACCUUCUCGAACUGUUUGUCCAGAAACCAACAGGUAAAAGGAUCUUUAGAGAGAACCGUAGCUGGAAAGUUAAAUAUGCACAUUUGAGUGGGAUGGGGGUCUGUCUAGCUAAUGGAGGACGGAAGAACAAACCGAAGGUAUCAGAUAAGACAUUGCAGUUUUCCAAUACAACUUGAUGUGCUGCAGCACUGUUUCGUGUUCCAUAAUCUUCAAAAAUUUCCAUUCUCUUUGCAUACACACACAUACACAUAUAUAUGAUGAUGAUGAUGUAGUAGGAUGGAUAUUUUGGAGAAUUGUGUAUUGGAAGCAUUUUGGUUUAUCUGUUCAACAGCCAUUCAUUGA